AUGGUCAUCCGACAGUUCGGUUAUCACACUACCACUGAAUUUGAAAAGGGCACUCAGAAGAAAGUGGCCCGUGAUGACAAUGGAGUAGCACAGCAGAGUUUGGGGAGCAACAGGAAAGCGGAAAUUAUGGGCUUGGGAGAGCGGGUGAAUGGACUGGCCCAGCUAAAGACAAGAAGGCCGCCGAUUCCGACUCUCUUUCUGGCCAACGUCCACUUACUGUAUAACAAGGUGUACAUGUUAAGGAAAUCUUGGCUUAACAACAACAUGACAGACUCAGCUUUCCAGAUUGACGGCCUACUACUUUUCAAAACAGACCGCAACCAACGGCCAUGGAAAAUACAGGGAGGAGGAUUCUGUUAA